AUGCUUGGCUGUUGGAGCGCGCGCUCUUUGGAAACUACGCGCUGCUCUUCAUGCCAUUCAGUUACAAUGGAGACGCAGCGCUUGCAGCUCAGGCUGCUGCCAGCACGCACAGCAGAGGAGCGUGCUCGCAAUAUAAUUGCGAAUGUAGUGCUGGAAGGACAACAGGCUACUCUAGUGCCCUAUAUAGAUGAGCAGCUAAACGAGGGCGAGCAAAAGUUUGUGCUGAGCACACAGAAUGCGGCAGCAGCGACGCCCAAGGCGCCACGACUGCGUUACUAUGCUGCGGGACCCUCGACCUACAAGCUGCUGUGUCCUUUGUGCAAGGAGCGUGGCGAUGCGGCAGUAAUGCGUGCAGCAGGCUGCAAGGAUGCCAGCUGCUGUCUCAGUUUGUUGUCCUGUGUAUUUCCCAUAUUCUGGCUUUGCUGCGUCUGCACUUGGUGUGGCUGCAAUCGCGAGUGGACCACCAAGGGUGUUUACUGUAGUCGCUGUGGCGGCAAACUGGGCAUGCAGCAAAAUUAAUUGUCAAUUCGAAUAUAUAUAUAUAAUAA